UUCUUUUCCACGAUUUCUGCACUGGACGCGUUUGGGGUCGAAAAUCUCACCUGCGCAGACCGGCUGCGCAGUUCACGCGCUGAGAUCCCUACAAGUGUUGACUUUGUUUGGACGUUGGUCGCUUUCUGUGCGCGACAAAGAUUAGCAGUCAUGUUUCUGCUCUCGUGUUGAUGUCUGGACAAAAAGCAUAAUUCUCUGGCUGUUUCUCUCCGAACAGUUUCAGCUCUUUGAAACUGAAUUUUAUAGUAUAGGUUCUCUUCCUUGUUUCUUUCGCCAUGGACGAUUCAGAGAAGAGAUCUGGAACUAGUGCUGCUGAUGCAGCGGGAGUAGGGGCCAGUAAUGCAGAACUGACUAGCAUAAUCGGUAUUGAGGGCAUGACUUGCGGCUCUUGCACGCAGGCAGUGCGAAUGGCUGUUUCCAAUCUGCCAGAAAUCUCGUCGCAGGACAUCUCUUUGGCGCAGAAGAGAGGCACGUUUCUCCAUGGUCCCGGAGUCACUGCGCAGAAGAUUGCCGAGGCAAUUGAAGACUGUGGCUUUGAUGCGAGAGUUAUCUCAAACGGCAUUUCUGAUGACGGAGAAAAUGAUGACUAUGGCAGUGAUGACCUGUUUGAUGAUGUCAGUCCUCUCGUCGCGACCGGGGCUCAGUCGCCCAGCAAGCAGGCGACGUCGCUUCUGAGCAUCAUCACGCGGAAGAGUAAGAGCAGCAUUGCGUCGGCCAGCAGGAGCCGAUCGUCUCUCGACGCCAAUCCGACGGGCUCGGCGGGUGGCAAGAGUCAGAGCAGGAGCCACCUGACCGUACCGGCGGCGGCUGCGACGACAGCAGGCAGGACGGGCGGAAGAAGCAGUUCUCCUGCACUGGAGGACGAGGAGGAGACGGAUGGCGACGUGCUACAGCUGAACGUUCGCCUUGGCAACGCCGACGUCGGUCACCUGGCGCCGUCCUCGUUGUGUCGACUUAAAGUAACCGGCAUGACGUGUGCGUCGUGUGUUGGCAAUAUCGAGAGAGCUCUAACUCAGCGUCCAGGCAUUCACAGUGUGGUGGUGGGCCUGAUGAACGAACGCGCCGACGUCAAGUACGACCGUGGCGUGGUGUCUGACGACGACAUCGCCGCCAUGAUCACCGACCUCGGCUUCGGGGCCACGCUGAUAGAGGAGGAUGAGCUGGAGGGCCGUGUUGAUCUUACCGUGGAGGGAAUGACGUGUUCGUCUUGUGUGAAAGUCAUCGAAGACUCACUGCGCGCUUUGGAGGGUGUGAUAUCAGCAUCAGUCUCCCUGGUAACAAAGCGGUGUCACGUUGAAUACCAUCGUAACAAGAUUGGUGGUGUCCGGGACAUCAUUGACGAAAUUGAGCGCAUUGGGCAUUUCACUGCAAAGAUAGCUCCGAAAGAUCUGAAUGCUGACGAACUCAAAUUCCAGGGGGAGAUCUCCAAGUGGCGCUUCACAUUCUUCUUGAGUUUGAUAUUUGCCAUUCCGACGAUGAUGAUCAUGUUCAAUCCGGCCUCAUUCCAACUGGCUUACAAGGUGGAUUUGAACAACACAGGUCGAUUGAUAACGCCGGGCCUGGACCUUCGUGUCUUGCUACUGUGGAUACUGUCUACUAUAGUGCUGGCAAUGGCAGGCCUACCAUUCUACAAGUCUGCGUUCCAAGCAUUGCGUCACAAGAGUACAAACAUGGAUGUUCUAAUCAUGAUGGCUACUAGCAUAGCUUAUGUGUACUCGGUCUGUGUGGUGAUAGCUUCUAUGGCUCGCGAUUCGACGGUACCGGAUGUGUUCUUUGACGUACCACCGACGCUGAUCACCUUCAUUGCACUCGGACGCUGGAUGGAGCAUAUUGCAAAGGGCAAGACGUCUCAAGCUCUUGUUGACCUUCUGUCGCUGCAAGCAACUGAGGCCUGCCUCGUUAAACUGUCCGUGAAAGGAAUGAUUGAAAAUGAGCGUACUAUUCCGCUGGCUCUUGUUCAAGCUGAGGACAUCCUGAAGGUCCUCCCGGGGGACCGGAUUCCCGUCGAUGGCAAGGUGGUGUCGGGCCGAUCGUCCGUGGACGAGUCCAUGCUGACGGGAGAGAGCCUGCCGGUUCCCAAGGUUGUUGACGACGUUGUCCUGGGCGGCACUCUGAACCAGACGGGUAUGCUGCUGGUGCAGGCAACACAUGUAGGCGCAGACAGCACCCUGGCCCAGAUUGUCAAGCUGGUCGAGGACGCUCAGACAUCCAAGGCCCCGAUCCAGUACUACGCCGACUGGAUAGCAGCAAAGUUCGUCCCCGGUGUAAUUGCUAUCUCACUCCUAACCUGCAUCGUGUGGAUCAUUGUCGGUGCCACCACUCCCUCAGCGCUGCGUGACAAGCACUGUGUUCCCAGAAACUAUGGCAACGGCACGCAGAACGGCACGAGUGGUGGUGGCGGUGGUGAUCACGCGGAAGUACCGACGGCGGAGUGCGUGAUUGAGAAUGCCUUCCUGUAUGCUGUGACGGUGCUGAGCAUAGCGUGCCCGUGCGCGCUCGGUCUGGCUACACCCACUGCUGUGAUGGUGGGCACUGGGGUCGGGGCUAAGCGAGGUAUUCUCAUCAAGGGAGGAGAACCACUGGAGACAACGCAUAAAGUGAAAUACGUCAUUUUCGACAAGACCGGGACACUGACUCACGGCAAGCCCCGCGUUGUCAACUUCAAGCUGGUCGGUUCCGCAGCCACAGCCGCAUCUGCAUCCUCCGGUGGCAACGCAGCUGCUGCUGCUGUCGCCGCUGAGGAGAAGCUGAAACGCGCCAUUGCGGUGGUGGGCACUGCGGAGAGCGGUAGUGAGCAUCCGCUGGGUCAAGCUAUUGUGGAGUUUGCCAAGGAUAAAUUGAACAUCAGCACGCUGGGCCAGGUACAUGGCUUCCAGGCUAUACCAGGCUAUGGUCUGAGAUGCGAUGUCACCAGUGUGAAGUUCUUGCUGGCUACACAGACACUGAGUAGUAACACCAUGGAAGAGACCAACGACACUGCCAGCCAAGAACCUGUGGACGUCAAUCUUAUGACGGAUGUCAUCUCCGAUUCGAGUGUUUUCGAGGUACUGAUUGGCAAUCGUGAAUGGAUGCGUCGUAACGAUGUCGAUGUGUCUGCCACUGUCAGCACUGACAUGGAGCAGUUUGAGCGCCUUGGUCAGACUGUGGUCUUAGCAGCAGUCAACGGACACUUGACAGCUCUGGUUGCUAUAGCCGAUACAUUGCGGCCAGAAGCUCAGUGUGCCAUUGCAACACUCACCUCGCAGGGCAUCACGCCCGUAAUGUUGACUGGAGAUAACUACCGUACGGCCAGGGCCAUCGCAAGUCAAGUUGGCAUAGUGAACGUCUUUGCUCAGGUCCUGCCCAGCCACAAACUGCAGAAGGUCAAGGAGCUGCAGGAAGGCUUAGGUCUUGGAGAAGACGAUCAGGCUGCACACGGCAAUCCAGUAGUUGCGUUUGUCGGUGAUGGUAUCAACGACUCACCGGCACUGGCUCAAGCCGAUGUUGGCAUUGCCAUUGGUUCUGGCACAAACGUUGCGCUGGAAGCUGCUGGUAUUGUACUUAUAAAGAACGAUCUGAUGGACGUUGUAGCAGCCAUUGAUCUGUCGCGCGUCACCAUGCGCCGCAUUCGUCUCAACUUCCUCUGGGCCUGUAUCUACAACCUGAUCGGUCUGCCCAUUGCCGCCGGGGUACUGGAGCCAGCAGGCAUUCGCAUGCGCCCCUGGAUGGCUGCAGCGGCCAUGGCACUCAGCUCCGUCACCGUCGUCUGCUCAUCUCUUCUCCUGCGAAGGUGGAAACCGGCCAACACGCAGCGCCAAACAAGUCUAGCCGUGGCUCUGGGUAUGACGACGCAAGCUGACGGACGGAGCGUUGAAUUGGAGCUGGAACACGCCAUGACCAAGCCGGUGCACGCGCACGGCAAAUAUUCCUCCGUGCAACAUAUCAGCAGUGUCUGAACACAACAUACGCAUCAGCAGUGUCGACUUGCCCGAAGCAUAUCCCCAGUCGACACUGCAGUAAUAGCCAGCAUUCAAUCCUAACUGCAAAAUCUAGUGAGUCUGUAGUAGUUUGUAGUAGUUUGUAGUAGUUUGUAGUAGUUUGUUCUAAAAGUAACACACAUACAUGUAACUUAGGUACUGCAGGAAACUCGUUUUUUAUUCAUUGUUUACGGUUUUCGAUGACUUUUUGCUAGCUGUGUUGUGUUGCUCUUUUUCAUGCCAUGCAACUGAUGUGUAUCUAUAUUCAUUACGUCAUAGUUGUACUGCAUGCACGCACACACACAGAUUAGUUGAGUGUGCUUCUUUUUCCUGUUGUUCUUUCUCAUGACAUGUUUUGUUUCCGUUCCCAAGUCUUCACGAAUAAAUAGUAACGUAUCAUGGCGCAGUGAA